AUGGAGGCGGCAAUACAGCAGAUUCUGGACGCGAUGGCGCACAUGGAGCUCCGCUUGACCGAUGCGUUGGCUGGCCGUGGUGGCGAGCACAGGAUGGAGGACGCGGUCUCAGGGCUCUCUUCAGCAGCUCCCACAGGCUUCGAUGGAGAGCCUACUUUCGACGAGGAGCUCGGCAACUCCAUCACCGAGUCUGUCGACGUCUCGUGCCACGACCAUCUCUUCCUCCUCGACACCACCUGGGACUGCUCGCAGCAGCACAACGCCAGCAUCCCAGGACGGCGCCAGCAUCUCGGUCGCAGCACGCGGCUGCAGCGCCGACCGCUACAGCACCUGAUCGUCGACCCCGUCAGCGCCGUCCAUGGCAGCGACGACUCUGAGCUGUCCCACAGUGAGGUCGACAGGGUCCUUGCGACCGUCGUGCUCUCCAACCCGCGCGAGAAGGUCCAUGACGGGCUCGUCGGCGUGACGGAGUUCGCGCAUCGUCCUCUCGCCGUCUACGACAGCUACGUCGAGCACGACCUCUACAGCUUCAUCCCGCUGCUCUUCUACACCGAGCAAGCCAAAGAGGAGCAAGUACCCGUCGACACGCCCACCAGGUGUUCGAUGAGAGUCCUCAACUGCAGAACCUUUCCUCGACAAGGGCUUCAAGGACAUCCGUCCAGCCCGGUGUGUCCACUCGUGCGUCGCCACGAUGGCGGGUUCCACCUCUGGUUCGAACCCUCCGUGUUGGUCGCACCGCGCACCAGGGGCCGCGCUGAGCAGAUGCCGCUUUCCUACGACGCUGAUGCCAAAGCUGACGACUACUACAAUGCGCCCGGUGUCGAGAUCAUGGUGUCCAACUUCGGCUCCACCUCCACCCUCAGCUACCUCGAGCCUGAUCUCAUGCUACCCAUGCGGUACAGGAACAUUCUAGCGGGCAUGCUGGAGAAGGCCGUCUACGAGGAAGGCCAUGACCUGUUCGGUGUGUUGUAUGAAUCCCGGUAUGGACUGGCGGGUCCGGGGCCACCAUCGCAGGGGGGCAACGCGUACCUGCAGCACCUCAGGCUGCGGGUGGAGUCGGCGUGCACAACCAACGGUAGAAGGCCUGCGAUCCUUGUGGUGCACAAUCUGUGCGGUCUCUUUACGCUGCAGCUGCUGCCGUGCAGCCCGCUGCAGUGGCGCGCGGUGCACAUGCAGCGCCUCGGCACGCUCUCCACGCCGUGGGGCGACUCUGUGCAGGAGAUGCUCGAGAACAUAUUUGAUUGUCUCUACUGCGUGUUCAGAGUCCUGGAGAAUAAGGAGAGGUUGGUCAAGGCUGAAGGUGUUGAGUUCAUGCUCAUCAUGCAACCAUGGCCACCACCUCAUAUGCAGGUUGAGUUUGGGUGUGGCAGUGCUGAUUUAUGUCCAAUUCCAUGGCCGUUUUUCACCACAAUUGGUACCAAUGAGGAGAUAAUUGACAUCACAUCUGAUGAUGACAAGGUUGAUAAUGUGGUUGAUCAGCUGAUUGAUGAACAGAUCGCAGCAGUAGUCUUUGUGCCAGCGUGUAUGGAAGCUACGCCUAAUAAUGGAAUAAAUACAAGCAAAACCAUGGAGACCUUUGCUGCUCAUCAGUCUCCUGAGUAUGAUAGUGGAUUGAAAGAUAAGGAUCAGAGAAUAUCAUUUGAAGAUGAGAUAUCUGAGGGUGGGCAAGCUGAACAAAGUACUCCACAACAGGAAUUGUGUGCUAUGCCACCAGAUACUAGUGACCGUGAAACUGUUGAGAGGACAACCAGAAGUAUUGAGGUGGAGCAUUUCUCUCAGGUUGAGUCAAAGCAUAAAAUGAACUCUAUGUCCGUGGAAGCUUCUGAGCAUGUCACUAUCACUCAGAUUGAGAAGAAGCAGGUUCAACAAGUUGAGAUAACUCAGGAGUUAGAUUCACUGCCGAUAUGUUCUAGGGAGCAUUCUGAUGAGGCACUUGAAGGGGAGAGAACAGUGCAGGCUGGGUUGGAACAAGAGUGUGAGGUGCUGGGGAUAUUGUCAACAAUCACCUCGGAUAUUUUUGCAAUAGGGCUCAGUCCAAAUCAGUAUACCGUGUAUUUUUAUCAGAAUUUGAUGGCCUGCAUGAUGUUGAUCUGUCGCAGAUUCUUGCUGUCAUUUGGACGUAGUUGGGAUGUUGUGAUACUAGGAGAUGGCUUGUCCGUCAGGCUUACACCUUGGCAACCAUUUGAUACUGAUAUCUACAUCUUUCCUGUGAACAGACCAGAAUCAUCUCCAAGUGUCUUUGGUAUUGCAACAGAAUCAACGCAGUGUGCCUAUGAUUCCCAAGGAAACAGUGUCUCGACAAUCCUCUUGAUGAUGCAAAGAUGCCUUUAUGAACAGAUGAUGCAAUACAAAUCUGAAGAGGGCUGUACUCGGGUAGUGAAAUGCCUCCCACCGGCUGACGCAAGUUUACUUGUCUGGGCUGUUAAUCAGAUGACAGAUCCAUUGAUUGCAUUGAUGUAUGCGGUCCAAGUGAUGAAUUUUCUCAAGGACAAAGAUGAGUCACCUCGAGAGGAUGUUUUGCUGCUCCAGAAGGACCCAUUUGAUGGCAACAGGCAUCAGAAACCCAACGUGACACUUGCCAUCUCCUUGAGGAAAGAUCCAGGAGUCAUUGCUGCGUGCACUGCCCCAACCAACGAAGUACCAACAUAUGUGGAGGACUACACUAGUAGCUCAAAAUCUGCAACUGCUGGCUAGUGGCUAUCACCGAUGCUCCCGGCAUGACAACUAAAAUUUCUUACCAUCAGUGGCUUGGGGGCAAGCCACAUUUCAAGCGGUGGGGAAUGUCAGCAGCAGUCUAGGGGAGACGCUAGACGAGGCAGCCGUCGCGGAAGAGCGGCGAUGUCCCAGCAAGGAGCAGCUCGCAUAUCCGAGCCAAGGGGUUAUGUAAACGAGUGGGCCAUGUGUUGGGUCGUAGGGUGAAGGGUAUUUGAGUCUGUAUUCUGUAUGAACUGGUUAUCAA